AUGGCGAAGAAGACGUACGACCUGCUGUUCAAGCUGCUGCUCAUCGGCGAUUCCGGCGUCGGCAAGACUUGCAUACUGUUCCGCUUCUCGGACGAUGCCUUCUCCACCACGUUCAUUUCUACGAUAGGUAUUGAUUUCAAAAUCAAGACAGUGGAAUUAAGAGGAAAGAAAAUCAAAUUACAAAUAUGGGACACAGCUGGACAGGAAAGAUUUCACACUAUCACAACAUCGUAUUACAGAGGAGCUAUGGGCAUUAUGCUUAUUUAUGAUAUUACUAACGAGAAAACAUUUGAAAAUAUAGUAAAUUGGUUGAGAAAAAUUGAUGAGCACGCAAAUGAAGAUGUGGAAAAAAUGAUAUUAGGAAAUAAGAGUGACAUGGAAGAUAAACGUGUUGUUAGCACUGAAAAGGGAGAGGCGAUAGCGAGAGAGCACGGCAUUAGAUUUAUGGAGACUUCCGCGAAGAUGAACAUUAACAUUGAUCGAGCAUUUAGUGAACUGGCGGAAGCGAUAUUGGACAAAACACACGGCAAGGAACCACAAGACGCGCCCGACAGAGUAACAGUGGAUCGAAGGGUAGAGCGAACUUCGAAUCGGUGCUGCUAAUUUUAUAUAUUAUUUAUUUUAACGGCGCAUAAACGAACUAUAUAUCAGCUCGUGCCACUUGGAAUAGAGUCCUCGAUAGAUUUAGAGCGUAAUUCAAAGCAUAAAAACAUAAUUAAACACUUCACGACACUGCCUGAACAAGUUAUAAUCCAGUCGCACGCGUAUCUGCUCCGACAAAACUACAUUUUUCUAUGCUGCAAUUGAAAAAACAGAUGAAAUUGUUAUUAAAAAAAGACAAGAAGAGUAUUCACUGGAUAAUGUUUACUCAUUGAAAUCAACACUUAAAAGUUAUGUUCUUUAACUACAUCCAUGUAAAUGUCAAUAAGACAAGUUUGUAAAACUACACGGGCGCUGUUCCAUGCAUAUGUAUCUAUAAUUGUAUCUGUGGCAUAUAAACGAACUCGAGGUUUCGUUAGUUUAUAUGGGAUGUUUCCUAUUUAAAAGAUUUAAUUGCACCAUUAUCUCUAAGGGUAGGAAUAAGGAAAGCAAACGUUAUUAAUACGAAAAAUUCGUACAGUGUAAAAUCCCAUUUCUCAACGAUCUCGUUUAUUUUGUAUUAACGGAAACAAUCGAAAAUUUGAGAUAAAAAAUUAAAUAUUAUUUUCUUCGUUUUGUCAUAACUUUGUAAUAAAAUAUUUUCAGAUCCA